UUCACAGCUUGAGAAACCGUCCUCCUGUUCCUCUUCUCCAUGCGGAUUUCAUUCCUUUCAGACGCUCGGAUUACUCGAUUACCCUCAAUAUUUUGUUUUUUAAUGAUUCGUUCUAUUCUGCCAAAAUGGCACAGCGGAGAUUCUUAAUUCUGUUUCAGAGUGUUUGCACGGCGACCUUGAUCGUUAUCGCAGCCGGGAAGAUCAUCAGCCUGGUACCGCCUCCCCCGCCGGAAAGCGGGUAUUAUAAUGUGGAAAACAAGGCUUACCUCUAUCAGCACGGAGUGCUGAUGACGUGUCCCUUGAACGCCAGCGAUGCGGCCGACGAUGUCAUCUGGGAACGGCGGUAUUUUUGGGAUAAUCCCGACGGCAACUGGACGGAUAUCUCCAUGCUGGCGACCAAUAAGACGCAGUACAAUCUCAUCAUUGAUCCGGAGGCGGGCGGCUGGUAUCGCUGCCGGUUACGAACAGGAGGAGAUCCCGUCCGAGUUUUUGUUAACAUCCUCUCGAAGCAAAUUUUGAUGGCACAGAAUGUGACCGCUAAUAACGGCACAAAAUCCGCUGUUCUCGCUUGCCAACAGAAUCUGAAUCCACCGCUGCCGCUGAAGUGGUACAAUGCCAGCGGUGUACUGAUUGCCAAUGACACCGCCAAACGCGACAACGACAGCGGUCUCAUAUACGACGUGGGCAAUGCGACCAAUGGCUAUCGGCUGAGAAUUACGGCGACACGUCGUUAUCCGCUCUUCACCGGUGUCUAUCGCUGCCAGCUGGAAGUGGACGGCAGGAUUGUCGCUGGCCAGAAUGUGUCGUAUUACGCCGCACCCGAUGUGGAAAUUCGCAACGGCACCACCCUGUCUAAGCGGCCCGUCUACCACGGCGCCAACUACAACCUUACUUGCUACUACCAAUCGGAAACCGCUCACGCCAACGUCACCUGGAGGCACAUCAACGCAUCCAACGGGAACAUCACCGAGUACGUUCACUAUCGGAACGACACGAACGCCACCGAUGAGCGGGUCCGCUUUAGUAUCGAUGCGGCCUGGGAGGAGGAGACCCGGCAACACAAUCAGACCGUGCUGACGUCCAUCCUCACCAUCAACAACGUGGCGCUCAGUGACGAAGGACACUACGAGUGUGUCGUCAGCAAUCAGCACGGCAACGGCAGCUCCGUGACGCGUAUUCGUGUUAUCAGUAAAUAUGCGGCGUUUUGGCCGUUCUUGGGAAUGACCCUGUUUGCUCUGGUCGCCUGCCCGGCGAUAUUGUGCUACGAGAAGGUCCACCUGAAACGCCUACAAAAGGCCCGCGAACAACCGAGUCAUACAGCGGCCACACAGCCGACCGCCAUCACGAAAACCGUCAUCCACGAAGAAAUCACAGUGCGCACAUGAUUUUCUGAUUUUUCUCCUUAAUGUCGAUGGUUUGUUAUUUAUUUGUUUUUUCACGCGAUCGUGCAGACUCUUGUUGUUAUUGUUCGCCUAUACAGUUUGCUCAAGCUGGUGUGCAUGCUCUUUUUUUGUGUUUAAUGUUUUUCCCUUUUCUCCCGUUAACCGUUUUAUAUGUGUGGAAAUUCUGUGUAAGAAGUGUGAAAUGAGAAGCUAUAGUAGACGAUGCAGUUAAUUGUGAAGAAAAAUAUUUGUUAAGUUGUG